AUGGGCUCGUUCCCCGAGGGCGGACUCGCCGCCCUGAACCAGGAUGACCUCCCCGCGAUGCGCCGGGCGUGUCUCAAGGUCGCCACCGACGCCGCCAAGCUCGGCGCGGCCGUCAUGCUCGACAAGCUCGGCGCGGACGUGGUCAAGACUAAGGCCAACGCGCGCGAUCUCCUCACCGAGGUUGACCCGGAGGUGCAGCGCAUCAUCGAGUCGUCCGUCGCCGACGCGUUCCCGACGCACGGAUUUCUCGGGGAGGAGAGCGUGCCGGGCGGGUGGGAGGCGGGCAGCGCCGCGAUCGCGCGUCUGCUCGACACCGGCCCGGACUGGCUCUGGAUCGUCGACCCCAUCGACGGCACGACCAACUUCGUCCACGGCAUGCCCCUCUCCGCAAUCUCCAUCGGCGUCGCGUACAAGGGCGAGCUUCAGGUUGGCGUCAUAAUGGACCCGUUCGCGGGGGAGAUCUUCAGCGCGUGCCUCGGCGGCGGCGCGCACUGCAACUUCGCCCCGAUGCGCGUCGGCGAGGAGCGAAGCGGGGAGGAGGCGGUCGUGGUCACCGGCUACGGCGCCACCGCCGAGAGCGCGGAUGCGAUGUUGAAGGGGAUGAAGGCGCUGACGGAUCUGCCGGUUCGGAGCGUUCGGAUGCUGGGAAGCGCGGCGAUCAUGCUGGCGUGGGUCGCCGCGGGGAGGCUCACCGCGUACUUCGAGUGCGAUCUGAACGCGUGGGACACCGCCGCGGGGGCGCUGUUGGUCAGGGAGGCGGGCGGGAGGAUGACGGACCUGGUCACCGGCGACGAGUACGGCUUAAAGACGCGAGCGAUCGUGGCGAGCAACGGCGCGACGCACGACGAGUUGCGGAAGUGCCUGGUGGACGGCGGAGUGCGCGCCCUGGCAGAUUACUUCAAGGAGUGA